AUGUGGUUCAUCUACCCGGUGGCAUCCCAUUGGGUAUGGCACCCGGAGGGAUGGUUGAGAAGGACGGCAUUCAAGGACUACGCCGGGGGAGGCGUGGUGCACAUGCUGGGUGGCUCGUGCGCUCUCGUCGGUGCUGUCCUCUUGGGUCCUCGCAUUGGACGAUUCCAUGGGAAGACCGGCGAACCACAUGACAUUCGAGGCCACUCGGUUCCCGUCUGUGCAUUCCUCUUCCUCUUUGGCGGCACUGGGCGGAUUCAUCCUGUUGUUCGGUUUCCUGGCAUUCAACGCCGGUUUCCGGGGUCACAUCAGCCAUCUGGGCGACAGCGAAGUCAUCAGCCGGGCCAUAGUGAAUGUCCUCCUAGGUGCAUGUGGAGGCGGGAUCGGGUCCUGUUGUUCGGUUUCCUGGCAUUCAACGCCGGUUUCCGGGGUCACAUCAGCCAUCUGGGCGACAGCGAAGUCAUCAGCCGAGCCAUAGUGAAUGCCCUCCUUGGUGCAUGUGGAGGCGGGAUCGGGACCCUUGUCAUCCACCGCGUUGGCACCUUCGGCCCGACGCAUGCUUGGAGCUUCCUCAUGACCCUCAACGGUGCCCUCGCUGGUCUUGCCCAUCACUGGGUCUUUUACCCCUACAUCGUUGGUCCGAGAACGCUCAAAAGCAGCUCGAUAGCGAAUUCCCAAAAGCAGGCAGAAGAUGAUAGCGUGGAGACCCUUCAACCUGAAAGACCAGAAGCAUCAUGGACGGCCCCUACUACCCUCCAAUACUUCAAGAACAUCUACUUCCAGGAGCAAGAAGAUAGGACGACCCCGGCGAUUCCAGCAAGACGACGAUCACAUACAAAUAAGGGUAGAACAUUUUUGGAACAGCACGUGGGUGUGUGCGCGGGGAGCGAUGUCUACCCGUCGUGGGCGGCCCUGGUCGUCGGCGUGGGGGCCGGAUUCACCUUCCUCUGCCUUCACUUCCUCCUCCUCCGGCUCCAAAUCGAUGACCCCUUGGACGCGUUCCCCGUUCAUUUCGGGGGCGGAUUCUUUGGGAUGAUCGCCGUCGCAAUCUUCAUGAGGGAUGGAAUCGUCUUCAAUCCCACUAAGAACGCUGCCAUGGUGCUGGCCUGGAACCUGGCGGGAGCAGCCGCCAUCUUCAGCUGGUCCAGCUCUCUCUGCCUCGUCCUCUUCGGAAUCCUCAAGAAACUCGGAUUUCUUCGCGUCUCGAAGAACAUGGAAAUUCGAGGGUCGAUGGACCGUCUGGACAGACCGCCCCGCUUGCAGGGACUCCCCUCGGGCAGGCCGAUCCCCCGCUGCAUGUCGUCCAACCUGCUCUACAGCCCGAGCCUGACGACCUUGUCCUCCCUCUGUUCGAGCGAUCUCCACCCGAAGACUGCCGAAGAUCUCCACUCUUGCGGCGCGGGGAUCAUCCUGCCGAACAUUUCCGAAGAUUCCGGCUUGCAGAAGCGCGAAGAUGGCGUCGCCGUCACCAGCGUUUGA